AUGACCAAGCGGUACGACCCGGAGCAGGUCACCCAUCCCCUCGAUGUAGCACAAUCAGCCGCCUCUGUUGGUGUCGCAACUGCUGUCCCGGGACUUGCCAUAGGCUCCUUCUACGGAACCCUCAAAACGACGACUCCCGUCCUCUUCUCCAUCGCCUCAGGCGCACAAUGCUUCGCCAUAGGCACCACCUUCUGGACAGCCAGGACCGCCAUUCUCAACCAAGAUGGCCUGCAAAACUGGUGGAACUUCACCCGUGGCGUCCCAUUGAUCGCUCGUAAUGACCAGAGCCCUUCUCUUUCAGACAAGGUCCGCGCCUCAACCAUUGCCGGCGCAUUCACCGGCAUCAGUCUAGGUCUACUUCUCCGGGGUCCGCGCAACGUCGUCCCCGGCACCAUCAUGUUCACCCUUUUCGGCUGGGGCGGGCAAAAAGGCUAUAAUUUCCUCGACAAACGCAACUCGCAGGAACUCCGGGAGCAAGCGCAGCUCAAAGCCUUGGCCGAGGAUAGACCGAAGGAGACGCUUAUGCAGAAGUUUGCGAAGAGCAAGUGGAGCCCCAUGAGUGUGUUGACAGACGAGCAGUAUGAAGAGAUGCUGCAGGAGAAGUUGCUGAAGGUUGAGGCGGACAUUGCGAUCAUUGAUGAGAGGAUUGAAGCAGUGAAGAAGAUGGCGAUCGAAGAGGAGGGGCAGCGUGCGCUGAGAGAGCAAGAGGAGAGGGCGCGGGAGAAAAGGUAAUUGUCGUUGAUACCAGUGAACUUCUUACACC